AUGACUUCAGAUACGCACAAGAUCGCCGUCUACGUAGGCAUGGUGACCUCGGCUUUCGCCUUCGCAGAGUUCUCCUCCGGCGUGAUCUGGGGUCGAAUCAGUGACAGGAUUGGGAGGAAACCUGUGUUGCUCGCCGGCCUGGCCGGUACUGCACUGAGCAUGAUUGUGUUUGGAUUUUCUACGAGCCUUCCUAUCGCUCUGCUGGCACGAGCCCUAGGAGGCCUGCUUAAUGGGAACAUGGGAGUGCUUCAGACAACUGUCGCUGAAUUAGUCACUUCGAAAGAAGACCAGCGUACGUCCUCAACCUCCUCAAAGACUCCUAGGCUUACUUGGCAUAGCUCGAGCGUUCUCGAUAAUGCCCUUCGUAUGGUGCCUAGGGUCAGUAACGAGGUCGCCGCUGAAUGCGAGACGACAGCUGACGUGAUCUGCAGAUCCGUCCUAGGACCAGCAAUGGGCGGUGCCCUAGCACAACCUUGCAAGAAUUUUCCACAAUAUUUCCCGUCUGGCACUGUUUUCGAUAAAUAUCCUUUUCUACUACCAAACCUCGUCUGCACAGCAAUCUUGGCCCUCGGCGUGACUGUGGGUUUUUUGUUCCUCGAAGAAACGCACGAAGACAAGAAGCACCGGAACGAUACAGGAUUGGAACUUGGCAGAUGGCUAUUGGAAUGUUGCGGCUUAGGCAGCAGCAAGAUGCUCCAUCAAGAAUCUAUAAGAGAGAAGCAUGAACCGAUUUCACGAGAAUCGCCUACAUUACCGUUCCACUUCAACGGUGGAUUUGGCUACUCAACGAAAAGAAUCGGCUUUAUGCUGGCAGUCCAAGGCAUCUAUUCGAUGCUUGCACAGCUGCUCGUGUUCCCUCUUAUUGUGCGGCAUGUUGGAACGUUGAACACCUUUCGCUUUACGAUCUCGGUCUGGCCAUUGCUCUACUUCUUGGUGCCGUAUACGGUCCUCUUACCUGAGGUGCUUCGCGUGCCUGCCGUCUACCUAACGCUGCUCCUUAAAAUCACGUUCCACGUUCUUGCGUUUCCGUCUACGGCAAUCUUAGUGACCAACGCUGCUCCAUCGACGCGAGUUCUUGGAGUCAUUAACGGCGUUUCCGCGUCCACUGCGAGCCUCGCUCGCGCUUGCGGCCCUACUAUCACCGGCAUGAUUCACUCCUGGGGUAUUGGUGCUGGAUCUGCAGGCUUGGCGUGGUGGAUUAACGGGAUCGUUUGUUUAAUCGGCGCCAUUGAGAGCAUUUGGUUGAAGGAAAUGGAUGAUCGCAAACAAGGAUUCGAUUUUUCUGACGAGGAAGCUGAUUCUGCUGAACCACUGCUGGACCUGUCUGCUCUCGAGGCGGCCAUCUCGGGUGUCGAGGAUGAAGGAGGUCUCAGAGGGGUAAUUCAAGAAAACGGUCUUUACAAACCAGGAACGCAAGUCGACUGA